CUUGUCUCGAAUGCAAAGAAGAAAUCGGCUGGUGGACGACGUAGAAACUCUUUGUCCAUAAAAGACUUCAUUCAAUACGUUCCGACUUCAGCAUCGGCGGCAUCUCACGUGGCCUCUGCCUGGGGUCGCUGCCGCGUGUGAAUACUUACCGCAAGUGGACGAAAAUUCUCCUUUGUAGUACCAAGAACUCCAACACGUUGUUGAAACCAAACGACUCUGAGUUAGUAGACAAAAAAAUUCGGUCGUCUAAGCAGCUAUCAUCUUGUACUACAGAGCAGCAUCCACAAAACCGCUACACCGUAAAUCAUGACGUCCAUUCGCCCGCCCAAGCCCGGAUGCUUUUUGUUCACGUCCGAAAGCGUGAACGAGGGACACCCCGACAAAAUCUGCGACCAAGUUUCCGAUGCUGUGCUGGACGCAUGCUUGUCCCAGGACCCGGACGCGCGGGUCGCCUGCUAUCAAAUGUAAAAAUGUCUGGGUCUGGAAAAUUGCAACUUGUCAUGCUACAUCUAAAGCAUGCAAAAAUCUGUAUUGCAUGAUUACCAAAAGUCGUCCAGUUUUGACCAAGUCGGGAGGGAGUUUCUCAUGCAGGAUAGGCAUGAGAGAGAUCGCACAGAAUCUGUCAUGCUAGGUCCUGCAUUUCAGACCUCAUGGGUCAUGGAAAAGCAGCAUGACAAAUCGCGCAUUCUUCCAGACCCAGACACUUUUGCAUUUCAUACCUGCGAGACUAGCACGAAAACUGGCAUGGUGAUGGUGUUUGGCGAAAUCACUACAAAAGCAAACGUGGACUACGAAGCAGUGGUGCGCGAGACCUGCCGAAACAUCGGCUACGAUUCAGCGGACAAAGGUCUUUUUUUUUUCUCACUCGUCGCAUGAUAAGUAUUUAUCCAGAGGGACAAAAGUUUUAGACAAAAACGUUUGGCGGGUCUGUUUGUUUAUGGUAAAAAAAGCAGCAUUGAUGAUGGAAACGCUGCGCAGGUCUCGAUUAUGCGUCCAUGGACGUGUUAAACAAGCUGGAGGAGCAGAGUCCGGACAUUGGGCAGGGGGUCCACGGAAUGGGCACGAAGGCGGUCGAGGACAUUGGGGCCGGGGACCAAGGACACAUGUUCGGGUACGCGAGCGACGAGACGCCGGAGCUGAUGCCGUUCACGCACUCGAUGUCCACCCGUCUGGGGUGGCAGCUCACCAAGGUGCGCAAGGACGGCACGUGCCCCUGGAUACGCCCGGACGGGAAGACGCAGGUAAGUUAACGGAAUAUCUACCCAUGCUUCGCUCCCCCGUGCCAGAACGGGAGAAGAGGAAGAGGGUUUUUGUAUUGUCUUUUUAGAAGCUUGAACUACAUUGUAUCUUUUGACCCCAAAGCCUUCCUUCGCUCAGGCUUACACGCCCUCAGUGCGUCCCCCGCGAUAUCGACACUUGCAUUAUGCCAAUUAUGACGGGGGUUGUUCUUUCUUCAAGAAUUGAUAGAGAGAGCGGACUCUUGUUUAGCAGCAGCUUUUGCAUCUGUUGCCUCCACCACUUAUGUUUCCAGGUCACCGCCGAGUACAAAAGAUUGAAGGACGGAUCCAUGGUGCCGCACUAUGCCCUGCAGAAGUAUCGUAUUGCUUGUGUCCAGGACGAGAGGUAAUAGCAAUUUUUGCCAUGUUGGGACAAAUGAUGAAGAGUCCUGAAUGUGUGGUCAUGUGAACAACAGGCUAGCGGUCUUGGCGUCGACGCUUGUAUUACGAUUUCCUACACUUUUUUCGGCAUUGUUUCUGCCAAUAGUCACCCUGUUGCUACUACCUCCCUGCGCGGCGUACAACCCAUACGACACUUUUGCCCGGGAUAAGCCGCGGGUGCACACGAUUCUGAUCAGCACCCAGCACGCACCGGACGUGGACAACGAGAAGAUUAAAAAAGACAUCAUGGAGUAUGUCAUCAAGCCCAUCCUGCCGGAGAACCUGCUGGAUGCCGACACCAUCUACCACAUUAACCCGAGCGGGCGGUUUGUGAUCGGCGGUCCGCACGGGGACGCGGGGCUGACGGGGCGGAAAAUCAUCAUCGACACCUACGGCGGGUGGGGCGCCCACGGCGGCGGUGCGUUCAGCGGCAAGGACACCACGAAGGUGGACCGGUCCGCGGCCUACGCGGCCCGCUGGGCGGCGAAGAGUUUGGUGGCCAACGGGUUCGCGCGGCGGGCCCUGGUGCAGGUGUCGUACGCGAUCGGCGUGGUCCAGCCGUUGUCCAUGUUUGUGGACACGUACGGAUCGGCGCGGUUCGGGUUCACGGACGAGCAGCUGUGCGAAAUCGUCAAGCGCAACUUCGACUUCCGGCCGGGCUGCAUCCAGCGGGACUUGAACCUGAAAGAGCCCCAGUUCACGAAGCUGGCGGCCUACGGCCACUUCGGCCGCGAGGACUGUUCCCCGGCCUGGGAGGUGGUCAAGGACCUCAGCCAUGAGCUGGGCGCGGGCCUGUGCCAGGGAAAAAUUCUCGGCAUGGGGAACCCGCUUCUCGACAUGAGCAACACCGUGGAACCCAGCGUGCUCACGGAAUACGGGCUGGAAGCCAACAACGCGGUGCUCGCCGAGGACAAGCACAAGCCACUGUAAGGAUUUUUUUUUCGAACUUAUUUAUCCUGUGUUUUCGACAGGCGAGACUUCGGGAUUUGUUCGCAAGUUGCCCCUGUUUUGCGUUGCAAAUUCUAAUCUGUCUGUAGUACUUAAAAAGCUGCUCAGUUGUACUCACGUUCAACGCAAAGAUUUGCAUGCACGCUUCCCUCGCGUUUCAACCCUGCACAGGUAUGAAACCCUGGACAAGAUGCCCAACACGGAUUACAUCCCGGGCGGCGCUACGCAGAAUUCCAUCCGCACGGCACAGUGGUGUCUGAAGAACGAUAAAAAGGACAGCGGGACCUCCUUUGCUAGCUACAUGGGCUGCGUUAUCCUGAGUAAAAACGUACCCACACCAGAGUCAUGAUGGGGAUUUUGCAACACAAACCUAGGAGUUUUGUGAGUCACGCAUGACAAGUUGCGCUCUGCAGUGUAGUGCAGGUUAGCAAGUGCAGCCGCAUCGCAGAUUCGUCUGCUCGUCCUGUUCACAGCAUCACAAAUUCCAAAACACGAUUGGAAAUGGCUCUCAUGCGGAUGCGCAUUACAAGUCUUCCUGUCUUUGCAAAUCUGCAUUACAACUCUGGUGUGGGUACGUAUUUACUCAGGAUAUGCGUCGGCAAGGACGGCUACAGCGAGAAGAUGAAGGCGAUCUGUACGAAGGAGGGCGUAACUGCCACUUACAUGGAGGUAUAGAGGAUUAAGGGUGCUUUUAUUGUACAACUUUUUGAAUUUUUUAUGCACCUGAUUUAACGAGCGACAAAGACAAUGGCUCGUCGCUGCACGACGAAAAAUUGCCGGAACAGAGUGAAUUUUAUCGUGACCAACACUCCCAAUCAGGAUCCGUCCGUUCCAACCGGUACCUGUGCCGUCUUGAUCACGGGGGAAAACCGCAGUUUGGUCGCGAAUCUCUCUGCUGCGAAUAACUACAAGCACGAGCACUUGAAGGCGAACUACGGCGUCCUGGAAGCGGCCAGCGUGGUCUACUCCGCGGGGUUUUUCAUCACGGUGUGCCCCGACGCCAUGUACGAUGCCAGCCAGCACUGCCUGGACAACAACAAAACCUACUGCCUCAACCUGUCCGCGCCGUUCAUCAUGGAGGUGCCGCCGUUCUGGGAAGUGGUGACCAAAUUGCUGCCGAAGGUGGACUUCUUGUUCGGAAACGAGACCGAGGCGGGCGUGUUCGCAAAAGUUAAGGGAUGGACGGAAACCGAUGUUGCGGAGAUCGCCUGCAAAAUAUCAAUGUGAGUCUUUUGAAAUUGGAUCUCGUCGAUAUUUACUUCGCAAGAACUUUUUGCAUCACAAUCAUGAACAGCGCGAAGAUGUUCGUUUCAUCGUCAUUGACGACCCAUGAAGCGUUAACAUAGCCGAAGAAGUACAACUCGAAAACAAACGCAAACCAGGCUCCCGUCCGAGAAAGCCAAAUCGCGCACCGUGGUGAUCACCCAGGGGGCAGACGCGACGAUUGUGGCAAAGGACGGCAAGGCCAACCUGUAUCCGAUUGAGAAGCUUUCGAAGGAGCAAAUCGUGGACACGAACGGCGCGGGGGACGCGUAUGUGGGCGGUUUCCUGUCCAAGCUCGUCCAGGGCUGCAGCGUGGAGCUGUGCUGCCGGGCGGGUGCGAAAGCCGCGGCGGUGAUCGUGCAGCAAAGCGGGUGCACUUUUCCGUAAUAAAGCAUAAAAAUCGGGCGGAGAAUGAGCUACCUUUUUUGUGGCCAGAAAUCGUAUGAAAAUGCAUAUGUAUGAAUAGUAUUACUGAUUCAUUGGGAUGAUGAUGUGUUUUUUAUCCUAUGUAAAAACGUACCCACCCCAGAGUUGUCAUGCAAUUCUGCAUGCCAAAAAAGUUUCUCAUGCGGAGCCCUAUGAGAAGCGUUUUCUAUUCGUAUUUUGGAAUUUGUGAUGCUAGAAUCAGCAUGGUAGGCUAGAUCUGUAAUGCUUCUGAGCUAGCGAAACAGGAUUACACUACGAGGACAAACUUGUCAUGCCAAACAACCAAAGCUGUGUGAUUUGUCUAGCAGAUUUACCAACUUGACUCUGGUGUGGGGACGUUUUUAAUCAGGAUAUUUUUGCGUUUUUCGUCUUUCGAGACCACUUGUAGAACGAUUCACUCGUCUUUCUGGGACUUGUAUCAAAUGCAAAAAUGUCUGGGUCUGGAAGAUUCUAAGACUUGUCAUGCACGGUUUGCAGGAGCCAUGAUGUCUGUGAUGCAUGCCCUAGCAGCACAGGUUUUUUGAGGGAUUCUUGAUGCCUAUUCCGCAUGACAAAUGCCCUCCCCGCGUAGCAAAAAUUGGAAUCCUUUUGCUGCUCAUGCAACACAAAUUUUUUAGGCAUCCAAAUGCAGCAUUACAAGUUGCAUUCUUCCAGACCCAGACAUUUUUGCAUUUGAUAACUUGAAUUUACCGCUUGACUCCGAGUUUUCGAUCAGAAAGUAACGAUUCACUCGUCUGCGAUGUAUGGACUUGAAUUGCGAAAAUCUAUCUUCUGUACAAAAACACCCUUUAGGUACAAAGCGCACCUUGAUAUCAAAGAGCACGUAAAAAAAAACACGCACGCACUUUUUAUCUUUUCAAACCGGGGAGAUGUUUAUGUUUUCUUUCUCACGCUGCUUUUCUAUUCAUCAAAAUGUAGACACGCAGCGGCGGCCAAGGCCGCAACAAGCAGAACUCCUCUACUAGUUCUCUCAGCACCUCCGAAUUCUUCGUUACAACUAGAACUAUGCUAAAACACAAGCGAAAGCUUAUUCGAGUGGUAAGUAAGUAUCGAAAUCAUCAAUGCAAUUGAUGCAGCUCUUGUAUCGUGUAAACAUAAGAAGUUCUUAGGGGAACGUGUAAACUCAU